GCUCCAGCCUUCACAGUUCACACCGCGUCGCGUCCCACGGUCCGCGAUGGCAGGUCACCACCGCGCCCGCCGAGCAAACUGAACGCGCGCGCCCACGCGCCGGCGGUCGUCGGGAAAAGAAAAUCACGCGGCGGAGCAAGAGCCACCCCAAAAGCCACGCACGCCAAAUACCAUGGCACGCGUCCUGCUCCUGCCCCUGCCCCUGCUGUGCGCCUGCGUCUUCGUCGCCUCGUUGGCGUUGUGCCUCACGCGCCACGCCGCGGCGCAGCAGGACGCCGAGGCGCGGCUGCUGCUCCAGAUCAAGAGCGCAUGGGGCGACCCGGCGCCGCUCGCGUCGUGGACCAACGCGACGGCCGCGGCGCCGCUCGCGCACUGCAACUGGGCACACGUGGCCUGCGAAGGCGGUCGGGUCACGUCGCUCAACCUCACCAACGUGACGCUGGCCGGCACCGGCACCAUCCCCGACGCCAUCGGCGGGCUCACCGCCCUCACGGUGCUCGACCUCUCCAACACCAGCGUCGGCGGCGGCUUCCCCGCGUUCCUCUACAACUGCACCGGACUCGCGCGUGUCGACCUUUCCUACAACCAGCUCGUCGGGGAGCUCCCGGCCGACAUCGACCGGCUUGGCAGUGGCGGCAACCUGACUUACCUAGCCUUGGACUACAACAACUUCACCGGCGCGAUACCGGUGGCGGUAUCCAAGCUCACGAACCUGACGUACCUUUCUCUCGGCGGGAACAAGUUCACCGGCACCAUCCCGCCGGAGCUCGGUGAGCUGGUUAGCCUUCGGACGCUCAAGAUCGAGAGUACUCCCUUCAGUGCCGGCGGGCUGCCGGAGUCGUACAAGAACUUGACGAAGCUAACGACCGUCUGGCUGUCCGACUGCAACCUCACCGGCGAGAUCCCGAGCUAUGUCACAGAAAUGCCGGAGAUGGAGUGGCUCGACCUGUCGAUGAAUGGAUUCACCGGAACCAUACCACCCGGGAUAUGGAACCUCCAGAAGUUGACGAAUUUGUAUCUGUACAUGAACAAUCUCUAUGGCGACGUCGGCAUCAAUGGCCCAAUCGGAGCGACAGGUCUGGUAGAGGUCGACCUGUCCGAGAACCAGCUGAGUGGAACCAUCUCAGAGAGCUUUGGAGGCUUGAUGAACCUCAGGCUAUUGAAUUUGCACCAGAACAAGCUCACCGGCGAGAUACCGGCAAGCAUUGCCCAGCUACCAUCCUUGGUAUUCCUGUGGCUGUGGAACAACAGCCUCAGUGGAGAGCUUCCGGCGGGGCUCGGAAAACAGACGCCGGUGCUGAGGGAUAUUCAGAUCGACGACAACAACUUUUCCGGCCCAAUACCGGCGGGAAUCUGCGACCACAACCAGCUGUGGGUGCUCACCGCCUCCGGCAACCGCUUGAACGGCUCAAUCCCGUUCAGUCUUGCCAACUGCACGAGUCUCAUAUGGUUGUUCGUCGGAGAUAACGAGUUGUCCGGCGAGGUGCCGGCCGCUCUAUGGACGGUACCGAAGCUUUUGACCGUGUCAAUGGAGAACAAUGGACGGCUGGGCGGAAGCCUGCCGGAGAAGCUGUAUUGGAACCUGUCGAGGCUUUCCGUCGACAACAACCAGUUCACCGGACCGAUUCCGGCAUCGGCCACUCAGCUCCAGAAGUUCCACGCCAGCAAUAACUUGUUCUCCGGCGACAUACCAGCGGGGUUCACCGCUGGGAUGCCACUGCUGCAAGAGCUAGACCUGUCGGCGAACCAGCUGUCUGGGGCAAUUCCUGAGAGCAUCUCGUCGCUGAGAGGCGUGUCGCAGAUGAACCUCAGCCAUAACCAGCUCACCGGCGGGAUUCCGGCGGGGUUAGGCUCCAUGCCGGUGCUCAACCUGCUGGACCUUUCGUCGAACCAGCUUUCCGGCGUCAUACCGCCGGGGCUGGGAUCGCUGAGGUUAAACCAGCUCAACUUGUCGUCCAACCAGCUCACCGGCGAGGUCCCGGACGUGCUCGCCCGCACCUACGACCAAAGCUUCUUGGGCAACCCAGGCCUCUGCACCGCCGCGCCGCUGUCGGGCAUGCGCUCGUGCGCGGCCCAGCCAGGCGACCAUGUCUCGCCGCGUCUCCGCGCGGGCCUCCUCGGCGCGGGCGCCGCGCUCGUCGUCCUCAUCGCGGCGCUCGCCGUCUUCGUCGUCCGCGACAUCAGGAGGCGGAAGCGGCGGCUCGCGCGGGCCGAGGAGCCCUGGAAGCUCACCGCUUUCCAGCCCCUGGACUUCGGCGAGUCCUCCGUGCUGCGCGGGCUCGCCGACGAGAACCUCAUCGGCAAGGGCGGCUCGGGGCGCGUGUACCGCGUCACGUACACCAGCCGGAGCAGCGGCGAAGCGGGGGGCACCGUGGCCGUGAAGCGCAUCUGGGCCGGCGGGAGUCUGGACAAGAAGCUGGAGCGCGAGUUCGCGUCGGAGGUGGACAUCCUCGGCCACAUCCGGCACAGCAACAUCGUGAAGCUGCUGUGCUGCCUCUCCCGCGCGGAGACCAAGCUCCUCGUCUACGAGUUCAUGGGCAACGGCAGCCUGGACCAGUGGCUGCACGGCCACAAAAGGUUGGCCGGGACAGCCGGGAGCGCCAUGGCGAGGGCUCCGUCGGUCCGGCGGGAGCCGCUGGACUGGCCGACGCGGGUCAAGGUGGCCGUCGGCGCAGCGCGCGGGCUGUACUACAUGCACCACGAGUGCUCGCCGCCCAUCGUGCACCGCGACGUCAAGUCCAGCAACAUCUUGCUCGACUCGGAGCUCAACGCCAAGGUCGCCGACUUCGGGCUAGCGCGGAUGUUGGUCCAGGCCGGCACGGCCGACACGGUGUCCGCCGUCGCCGGAUCAUUCGGCUACAUGGCUCCCGAGUGCGCGUACACGAGGAAGGUGAACGAGAAGGUCGACGUGUACAGCUUCGGGGUCGUUCUCUUGGAGCUCACCACCGGCAGGGAGGCCAACGACGGCGGCGAGCACGGCUCCCUGGCCGACUGGGCGUGGCGGCACCUGCAGUCCGGUAAAAGCAUAGACGAUGCCGCAGACAAGCACAUCGCGGACGCCGGCUAUGGUGACGAGGUCGAGGCCGUCUUCAAGCUCGGCAUUAUAUGCACCGGUCGUCAGCCGUCCUCACGGCCGACGAUGAAGGGUGUCCUUCAGAUACUGCAGCGGUGUGAGCAGGCGCACCAGAAAACUUUCGACGAGAAGGUCGCCGACUACGACAACGCACCGCUCCUGCAGGCGCGAGGAGGCAGCCGCCGGAAACAACUCUCCGAUGCCAAAGUGACUGACGACGAUGGGAAGGGCGGUUUCGACGACUGCAACAUCUGAUGAAAAUCAGAACGAGCAGAGCAUGUUCGCUGAUAAGUCAUGGCUCAAAGUACUGUUCGCUGAUUUGUUGUUAGAGAAAAACACUGUUAAAUGGCUAGCAGAUUCGACAAAUAAGUUUCCGAACAGGCUGACUAUAGGAAUCCAGACCACCUGAGGCCUGAACCUAGGAAUCUAGGAUAUAGGCAUAGCCGUUACACCAGCUACCUUGAGCUUGUGCACCGUCCACGGUCUUAGCCUGACAGCAGAGAUAAGGAUAGUCAUCACAGCUCAUUACAACAACACUGAUGGACAGUGCCAAUCCUAUAGGUGUGUAUGUACUGUAACUGUAACGGCAAAACUAUAUAAUUUUGAAACUAUGAACCUAAAUCAAGAAUUAUAUUUGACAAA